AUGGCUAAACCAGGACCGACUGUGCCUAUUAAAAUAAAGGAAAGCACAAGAUUUUACCAUUAUUUCAAGGAUUGUAUCGGAGCAAUUGAUGGUACACAUAUUCAGGCAAUGGUGAGAGGACGAGAUGUAAGCAGCUAUCGUAAUCAUCAUGGAAAGAUUUCACAAAAUGUAUUAGUAGCUUAUAACUUUGAUUUGGAAAUCAUGUACGUUCUUAGCGGGUGA